AUGGACUAUUGUGGAUUAAGAAACAGACUACAGAUUGCAUGUGUUUUGGGUGCCAUCAUCAGCGUCUCUUUCCCAGUUACUUAUGGAGCUAAGAUAUUGGUUGUACCUGUUGAUGGAAGCCAUUGGAUCAACAUGAAAAUUCUAAUUGAAGAAUUGAGACACCAUGGUCACAACAUUACUGCUCUUUAUUCCUCAAAGGCUUGGUACAUUAAAGAAAGUCCUGACCUCUAUCAGUCAAUCACUGUCCAAUUGCAAGGCGGAACUACCAACUUUGAUGAUUCAAGUGGAAUACAACAUUUUCUUCAAAGGUUGCUAACAGCCUCAAGAUAUGGCUUGGCCCCUUGGGCUUUUAUUCAGGUCCAGCGUCAGACAAUAUCCUUUCUGCGUGAAUGGCACCUUUGGGCUGGAGAGUUCAUUACUAGAAUUUUUGAAGAUAAGGAAUUGCUGAAACAACUUGAAGAAGCAAACUUUGACUUAGUGCUUACGGACCCUGCUCUUGGUAUCGGUUCAAUGCUCGCCUAUUAUUUGAAAGCUCCUUUGGUGUACAAUGUUCGAUGGAUCACGAUGGGAGAAGCUCAUUUCCUCUUUGCCCCAUCACCACUUUCCUAUAUCCCCCUACUUGGGUCGCAUUUGACAGACAAGAUGAGUUUUCUCCAAAGAAUUCGAAAUGUUUUACAACAUCUUCUUGAGCUAUUCAUUUCUGAAUUUUUUAUUCACCCCAUAUACAAUGAAGCCUGCCGGCGAUACCUAGGCAUGGACAUGGACAUCAAAACGGUUCUCCUCCAGGCAGACGUGUGGCUGAUGAGAGUAGAUUUUGUAUUUGAAUUCCCGAGGCCCACCAUGCCAAAUAUUGUUUACAUUGGCGGUUUCCAAUGUAAAUCACCAAAACCUUUGCCUGUGGGGCUUGAGGAAUUUGUUCAGACCUCAGGGAAGUACGGGAUUAUCGUCAUGUCUCUAGGGAGCCUUGUCAACUCUUUGCCACUGGACAUUACAAUGAAAAUAGCGGAGGCCUUUGCUCAGGUACCUCAGAAAGUGAUUUGGAGACACAAUGGAGAGAUCCCUCCCAAUGUAGCAAAUAACACACUACUAGUAAAAUGGAUCCCUCAGAAUGAUCUGCUAGGACAUCCUAAGGCCCGAGCCUUCGUUGCCCAUGGUGGGACAAAUGGAAUUUAUGAAGCCAUCUAUCAUGGGGUGCCAGUCGUUGGCCUCCCACUGUUUUACGAUCAAUUUGACAACUUAAUUAGGCUUAAAGUCCGAGGAGCGGCCAAAAUGCUUGAUGCCGCGACCAUGCAGUCAACAGAUCUACUGCAGGCCCUCAAUGAAGUCAUAAACAACACAUCUUAUAGGGUUAACAUGCAGAAGCUGUCUGCUCUCCACAGGGACCAAUUGGAGUCUCCAAUGCAAAGAGCUGUUUUCUGGAUUGAGUAUGUCGCACGGCACAGAGGUGCAGCCCAUUUACGCUCCGAAUUUUACCGCCUCCCCUGGUAUGCCCACCAUUGUGUAGAUGUGGUUGCCUUGCUCUUGUCCGUGUUUCUAAUUACUGCAGUGCUGAUUGUUUUAAUCUUGAAGAAGUUUUGUAACAUCGUAGGGAAGAAGAAGCAAAAAACUCAGUAG